AUGAAAGUCUUUUCCUUUCUGUUCAUUGGCAUAUCGCUAAUCUCCCAACGAAGUUACGGCGAAGAAAGUACGUAUGUAGAUGUUCAUAUAGCUACAUUUACGAUUAAAUUAAUUCUGCUUCAGUAUUUCCUUUUGAGAUAUUAUUUAUUCUGCCAAGGAAUUAAUUUUAUUAGCCUAAUUUAAUUUUCAGUUCACUAAGUACCUGUAAGUAAUAAUUGUAGCAUUUUAAAAAUCCAAUCAAUCAAUCAAUCAAUCACCCAAUCAUUCAAUCAAUAGAUACUUGAUAAGAAUUUAAUGCAAAAAUUAAUAUAAACACUAUCAUAAUAAUUUUUCAAACAAGAAUUGGUCAAAGAAGGUGAUGCAAAAUCGUGGUACAACCAUGAUGUCGAUACAUCCAAUGGAAAUGGUUAUGAACCGGUAAGAUUAUAUUGAUGAAUAAUUACAGUUGAGGGUCGUUAGAGUUGAAAUAUGGUUUAUAUAGUAAUCGGAACCCACAUGGAAAGUUCAGGGGCCACGGAACCGUCAUUUUUCUGGGCUAAAGUGCCCCAUUUAAAGAACGAAAAAAGUAUUUCUUGAAUGAACGGCCUCCUUUGCUGAAAAAAGUGCCCUUUUUGCAGUAGUAAAGACUCUGUAAAGGCCAUUUCCGAUGUUAUAGAGACCCAAUAUUUUCAAAAAUUUCCGUUCGUCCCGUGAACGAAACAAAAAUCGUUUGAUUUUGGUCAUAUACAAUAGUACCCCUUCUGGCCAAUGCCCCUCCACUUUCGAAACGCUUCCGCGAUCUCUGGGAAUGUUGUUACCUUGUGUUUUGGUUCUCGAAAAGUGUUAAGUGCUCGAUAUGUCAUAAGGAUAAAGCAAAUAGUACCCUAAAACCGAUGGCAAAGGUACCGGUGACUUCGAGGUAAAAUAAAACUAUAUACCAUAAAUUUACAAAUGUCUUUUAGUGGUUUAACAAUUAUAUUGAAAGUAUUGACGAAGAGAAUGGUGUGUGGAUUUUGACCGGAGAUGUAGAAUGCGAUCAAAGAUAUGCAAUAUCUUGCGUUACUAUCAACUAUCAUGUGGAUAUUAAAGCAAAAAGAACCAAGUGCCACAACACCACGUGUUCUCUUCAGAUUUUCAUUUACAAUGGAACCGAAGAAUUGGAUAUUCCACGUAAUCCUUCGGACAGUGAAUCUGGUAGAAAAAAACAACAAAUGUAUCUUUUCAAUAAUUUUAUGAACCUUCAUGAUGUAAAAUUUACUGUAAACAAUAAAAUCGAGACACAAUCCUUCAACUUCUCUCACAAUUGCUGCGUUGACGUAUCUUACAAUUGUUCCAAACUAAGAUUCGCGAUUAGGGCAAGAGCAAUAAAGGUUAAAUUACAGAACAUGAAAGUUUACUUCUACUAUUGCAAUGAAACUGUAAGGAAUGGUGUGAGAUUGGCUCGAACAUAUGCUCCUUCUAGUGGAUUGAAACGUGUAGCUGUGAAUUGUACAAGUAAUACGGUGUCAAAGUACAAUGAAAGAAGUUUUGAUGGAUUUUGUUCGUACAAUGGAACAUGGAAUAUUGGGAAUGACACGGAUUGUUAUUGUAGGCCUGGUUAUGGAACGCCAGGAGGAUGUAAACGUAAGUAGUCCUACAUUUCCUCACAGGACAUCUUUUCAGGGCCGAAGCUAGACCAAUAAUUAGGGGGGUGAUAUUCAUAUAUUCGUGUUCUGCCCGACGAAUUUCUUUUGAAACCGAUUGUUUUUACAGUUGGUGAACAUGAAUAUGUGAAUAUAUACCCCCACCCCCAAUUAUCGCGUCUAGCUACGGCCCUGCAUCUUUUAAAAUGGACUCGACUCGUAUAUUAUUAAAACAAUAUUGUCAACGAAAACGCAAUGCGUGUGAUGGGCAUAGGAAUUCGAUCCAUUUAACACUUAGAGAAGUGGAAUCAUCUCGCAGCGAGCAAGGCGUUGGAAAAGGCUGCAGUGUUCUUGACGAGUGUGUGCCUCAAGGUUUUUAAAACAAACAGCUAAUUUUAUUAUUAUAUUUUGCAUUUUAUUAUUAUUUACAGCUUGCCAAGAACGACACUAUAAGGCAAAAAUAUCAAAUGAGAGAUGUACGUUAUGUCCGGCUCGAAGUACCAGUAACAGCACUGCGUGCAAUUGCCUUGAAGGGAAAUACAGACUAAAAAAUGAAACAGGAGUGAGCAGUGCUCAAUGUUACGGUAAAAUAAUUCAUUAAUCGAUUAAUAAUUAUUCAAUAGGUUGAACGACAGGCAGUGAGACAUUUCUUAAUACAUUAAUUUGCGAGUCUUGCAAUAUAUAAACCAAUGAAUUCGUUAAUCAGUGAAUUAAAGGUAACUUAAUUCAAACGUCAGAUAAUCAACUAUCAGUUGAUGAAUAUUCAAUUUUAUGUAUGUCCCUUUAAAGUCAAAUAAAAAUAGUACAGUCGGGCAUUGAAUAGGUUAUGUUAAAAAUGGGAUCCCAGCAUUUGAAGCAAUGACCAGAGAAUAUGUUAAAGUACUUUGUUCAAAACAACAGAAUUCCAUGCUGACAACAUGCAUUCAGAUAUUAAGGAAUAUAAUGUAUCACUGACCAGACUAUCAGUUAUCAAAAUCUAACCGUAACAUUUCUUCGCUUUGCAGGUUUUCCUUCAAAAGUUCGUAAUAUCAAGGUUAGAAAGAGCGAUUCCCGUGGAACGAUUACUUUAAGUUGGAAGUCUCCUUUGGAACAAGGUGGAUUGCCAAGAUCCUUAAAAUAUGAUGUAGGCUGUGGUGAUGCGUGCGAAUUAAAAUUUACACCAAGCAAAGUCAACCUAAGAAAUACUACAGUAAAAAUCUCUGGCUUAACUCCUGGCCGCGAAUACAACUUCAAAGUGUUUUCAAAAAACAUAAUAAGUGAACAAUACAGUAACGGGCAUUUUGCAUUUGAGAAUGAAACAUUUAAACUUCCACGUGGUAAGUAUGGAACACACAUUGUUGUAAUGUGUUUUUUUUAUUCUCGGUAGUUUUUAAGGCUUGUUUCAAAGAGUGGAUAAUCAAAUUGUCAAUCAAAUUUGUUUCAUAGAGCCAUUGAACAGAACGAAUGAAUUUAUGAUCAAGCUAGAGUUUAGAAUUAUGGCAGGAAUUGGGGCACUUUUGAUCCUAAUCCUUUUCAUCGCAUUGGUCUGCACUUUGAGGUAUACUCGAAUGAUAUUUUUUGUAUUAAGACUUCAUUAUAGUGACAGAAAUAAUAAUAAUUAGCAACAAUUGAUGAUAACCGUACUUUCUCUAUUUAGCACCCUGUGGGCGUAUUUUCUCCAGUAGUUCUGAACUGGGGACUCAUUAUAUAGAGAGAGCAGAAUAAAUAGACGCUGGUGUUAAAUAAAUUUUUACGUUCUUUAAACUUAAGAAAUUCAGACGCUUUGUACUUAAUUAAAGGAUUGUACUGGAUUGUUACACAUCCUGUCAUCGAGGAACAGACGAUGGUUAACAUUUUGCAGAAUGAACUCCGAAAAAAAAAGAAUUUAACCACCUUGGACAUUUCGACAAAAUCGAGACAUAUUACUUCACAUUAGCUUAUUGCUUUCGAUUAAAUAAACGCAAUUCUUAUAUAAAUGUUUAAUAGGUUUCGCAUUUCGCUGUAAGUCUUUAUUUAGAUCGGUUUUAGUUAGUACAAGACGGGGACUGAAGCUUUUUGUUCAGUGUUUCUGACCAUUAUAGAGAAACGUCCUACAGUACAUUCAUUAAGGCGCAGUAUGGAAAUGGCCUUGAACUUAUCACAGGCAAACUAAAAUUUUCUAUAAUCUUGAACAUCCCCAAAACCAAUUCCGGUCAGACAUCUUCACUUAUAAACUUUUAUACAUAUUUCACCUUCAUUUUAUUAUUAUUCUUGUAUUUAGACGGAAGCACCACAGGCAUAGUAAAUGUGGUUUCGACCCAGACAACGAAAGUAAGAUCCAGAAGUAUUUUCUCUAUUUUGAUUCCAUUGAUCAUACCAACAAAUCGAUUACCGAAAGGAAGAUUUGCUUUUCGUGAGGAAGGAAAACCAGAGGACCCGGAGAAAAACCCUCGAAGCUCAGGGAAGUAAAUCCCUACCCCGCCUCGACAUACAGUUUGUUCAAUCACUCAAUAAAAUCGUUGUGACAGAAGGCAUUUACCAUUAAAAUGGAAUAUAUAAACAGUUUAGACCAAUCCAAUAACUUUUCUUAUAUUUAGUCACAUUACCAAAUAUUGGUCAGAAAAUGUACAUUGAUCCAUUGAACUAUGUUGACGCAGAGACUGCCUUGAUGGAAUUUGCGAACGAAAUCGAUCCAAGUUCACUUUCUCUGGAGCGUCUGAUUGGUGGAGGUUAGAAUCGUUAUUUUGUUUUACUCAUCAGAUAUAUUUCACUUCACAAAUUUAUUGAUAUCUUUCUGGUAACAUAUUUUGACUCAUAAUAAAUGCCGUAUUCUUUUGAAUCCUGUAGGGGAAUUUGGCGAUGUUUAUAAAGGGAAGUUAACCUUACAAGAUGGGAGAACGAUUUUAAUUGCAGCGAAGACUUUGAAGGUAUUUCAACGUAUUCAGCACUUGGCACAGUGACAAGUACAAAUAGAAAUUGAAUAAAGUACAUUACAAGAGAAUGUAGUUAUCUAUCAGCAGGGCAGAGGAGGCGCCUCUGGAUAGAUUUACAUUCUUCUUCAGAGUUGAGAAUCGUCUAUACUGGGGAACGAAACAGUACUGAUUCUUCUCAUAUCUCGUCUCGCUUUUGUUAGUCCAAUGCUAGCGAAAAAAGUUGUCAAGAUUUCUUUCUGGAAGCAUCCGCCAUGGGACAAUUCGAUGAUCCGAAUGUUAUCCAUCUUGAGGGAGUGAUAACUAAAGGUACAGGUUAUUAAUAGUCAUGUUACACAAGAUAAUUUUCGCUGUAUCUUGCAACGCAAUUUUGGAAUGGUACAGAUUCCUGUUAUCUAAAAUGCAGUCAGAGAAAUUGUGAGCAUGGCCCGAAUUCUACUCUGUGGACGCUUUCUGUACAUAACAUAUUCUUACGGGAUAAAAAACUGAAAGAAAUUUUAGAAGAGUAAAUCGUGGACCAGGCUCACAAUUUCCCUGCAACUACAUUUAGAAAACAUCGCUCUAUGUCAGAAAUUGCAUUGCAAGUUGCAGCACAUUUGCGUCGUGUAAUACGGCCUUAAGAUUUUGAUUAUUUUGCCAAUCGACCAUGUAAUACCCUGGAUCAGGGGGGUUUCCUCCGCCAUGGUUUAAAACUUGCAUGACACCAGAAAACCGUUGCACCCAGGAUAACCAUGUGAACCAGUUGAUGUUGAAAAUUGGUAGACUUUCCAACUUGCGUUUUCCAGCUACAUUGUUAUGAUCAAAGUUGUUCCUUGGAAGCGUGCUAUUGUCCAUAAAAUAUCCUCAACUUAUGAUCUUUUCUUUUCUAGUUGCUCCUAAAAUGAUUGUCACCGAGUUCAUGUCAAAUGGAUCUCUAGACCACUUUUUAAAGGUAAGAAUUGAGCUUGACUGAAGUCAGUGCUGUUCAUUGAAGAAUAUUACUGAUUACGGAGAACGGUGUUUAAUGUAAGUAUAUAUUUGUUAAUGGUUUUAGAAAAACGACGGUGGGUUUACAGCUAUCCAGUUGUUUAGCAUGGCUCGUGGAGUGGCGUCUGGAAUGAAAUAUUUGGCUUCAAUAAAUUUUGUCCAUCGAGUAAGUACAGCCAACAAAGAAAGACGAAAAUACAAAAAAUGCCAGAUUUUUGUGUGGGAAAAUCUGAGGAGGACAUCUUAACUCUCUUUCUGCACGAUUCCCUAGACCUUCUCUUCUUCUUUUACCCAGCUUUUGUCCUUGCAGAACAUAAUCAUUUCUAACGACGGUUCCUUGAUAGAAAUUUCACUUCCACACAGUCCAACUAAGUCUAUCUCUUCUUCCCAGGACCUUGCAGCGCGGAAUAUAUUGGUGGAGGAGAACAUGGUGUGUAAAGUUGCAGACUUUGGCCUAUCACGAGAACUAGAGACCGCUGAUUCCUCCCGAGGAGAAUAUUUCACUCAAGUGAGUACAAAACAUUUGCAACUAGAGGUCAUUCGGAGACUGCAUCCUUUUGCCAGCGAAUUAAGUUAUGUAUCAUGCAAAAAAAUAUAUACAAUGGGCUAAUGGACCAUUCCCCAAUUAACCAAAAUUUUGAACUCAACAAGUCUAGACAAAAAUUUCAUCACAGCUUGAAAGAGCAUCACAAAAUUAGUAAUAUUCCAAAGUUUCGUUGCGAAAUGUUGUAAAAUACGGAUAAUAUAGCCUUGCGAAGUUUGCAAUUUUCAGUCAUUUUAGAUUACAAACGGGAAAUGGUUACCACUUCUGUGAUUUCGGAAAAGUGGUAACCAUUUCCCGUUAAGUAAUCUAAAAUGACUGAAAAUUGCAAAUUUUGAAAGGCUAUAUUAUCCGCAUUUUACAACAUUUCCCAACGAAACUUUGGAAUAUUACUAAUUUUGUGAUGCGUUUUCAAGCUGUGAUGAAAUUUUUGUUUAGGCUAGUUAAGAUCAAAAUUUCGGAAAAGUGGUAACCAUUUCCCGUUUGUAAUCUAAAAUGACUGAAAAUUGCAAAUUUUGAAAGGCUAUAUUAUCCGCAUUUUACAACAUUUCCCAACGAAACUUUGGAAUAUUACUAAUUUUGUGAUGCGUUUUCAAGCUGUGAUGGAAUUUUGUCUAGACUUGUUGAGAUCAAAAUUUUGGUUAAUUGGGGAAUGGAUUAUGCAUUGUUAUGCAAAUUAUGCAUUCAAAUUAUGCAUUCAGUUUUCUCUGCCCGGCAAAGCAAGGCAAAGUUUUGCUGAUGUUUCAUCCAAAUUUAACCAAAAUUCAAUCCAUUUGUCCUUGGGCAAUGUCCAUUAGUCCACUAAUUUUUAUUUUAAUAUGUUUGAUAUUUGAAGUUCUUUAAUAAUUAACUAAUAGAGCAACCGAAACUGUUGUUCUUCAUUUAGGGAGGUAAAAUUCCAGUGCGUUGGACAGCACCAGAAUCGAUCAAAUAUCGCACAUUUUCAACUUCGAGUGAUGUCUGGAGUUUUGGCAUCUUAUUGUGGGAAAUAAUGUCUUCUGCACAGAGACCUUACUGGGACUGGGAUAAUUUUAAAGUAAGUUGUCUUCUUUAACUCUUUUUCGUUUAAGGAAACCCCCAGUUCCGGCUGUAUGAUGGCAAGCUUGUUACUUCCAGAUUACAUGUUCAGAAAAAAACAUUAGAAAGAUGAAUAUAGAGAAUUUAUAAAUAACAAUUGUAAAAGCUGCAUGUAUGUUAUGUUCAACUUGAGAUUCAAACUUGGUAUUCAAUAUUUUUUUGUUAUAUAUGGUUAAAUUAUAAUUAGUACAAUUGUUAUAUUUUAUUGUACAUGCAUACACUCUAAAGUUUCAUAUAUGUCAAUAUUAUACAACUGUUUUAAAGUGUUUCCAAUUAGCUCUGUAGCUAAAUACAUUGACUCAAUGACACUUAAAUAAAGUUAUUCAUUCAUUCAUUCAUUUGGUCGUUCAUUCAUUCGUUCGUUCGUUCAAUUAAACAAUAGCCCAAACGGUGACAGACAGAACAAGUUGUAAUUUAGGCCCAUUUUGAUACCAAUUAGAAAGUUUUGCCUCUUUUAUUCAACAAGGGAAUUACUUUUUAAGUUACAAAGACUUUUCCAGACUAACCUAUUGGUAAUCAACCAAUAUACACGUUGAUAAGUAAGAAUGAACUUUUUUUACAAAAUUAGGUUAUGGAGCGUGUGGAUGACGGAUUUCGUUUGCCUUCUCCUAUGGUUUGUAUUUUACUUUCUCUUUUUUGCGUGCUAGUCUAUAUAUUACCGAGCUUAAGAUCUACAACGCGAACUUACGACGUGGACGUCGCAUUAAACAAGUUUUAUUUUAAAACGAUGGCAAAUACCAUUAAAAUAUUUUUAUCACAGUAAAUAAAAUGAAAUUAUACUGGAAAAAUGUACAACAUAACAGAGGCUAGCAAUAUAUUAAGAAGAUAUUUUUAUCAUAAGUUUUUACGACUUCUAUGACGACGAAUCUUUGCAAAUAUCACGUCGUCUCGGAUGGUAGUUUUGGCGGGAAAAUGUGCAUUCGUAACAAUAGUCCAUAAAGCCUGGUUUCUAUCAUUUCGUAUGGCUGUUAACGUGUCAUAACAGUGUCACAAAUCUCGCAAAAAUAAACUCUGACAACUCUGACUAGGCUUACACUCGAAAACUAGGCUUAGCUAAGCACGUCCGCGUCGUAAGUUCGCGUUGUAGAUCUUAAGCUCGCUAUUGUCGGCAGGGACGCCGGAACUGGGGGGGGGGCAGGAGGGGCAGCCGCCCCCGUUGCCCUUUACCAGGAGGGGCAAGGGGGGCAAAGGUGCCCUUUCAAUUUACAGGCUUGCCUUGGCGAAAUAGCGAAUUGACAGAAAUGUUAGUGCAAUCAUUUUACGAAUUUGUUUCAGAAAACGCAAGAAAUGCAGUCCGAUGAGCUUCAAGAAUAGCACAAUCGCCUGGCGGAGAACCCCCUCACACCCCUAUCAUCCAAUAAAUAGAAAACAUGCUUAGGCGAAGUUCAACUCCCGAUGUUUUGCAAACAUCUCUUAGUAUAUAUCAAUUCAAAAGUGCCCUUUCGCGAAAAUCUGCCCCCCCUUGCCUUCACAUCGUUCCGGCGUCCCUGAUUGUCGGCAGCAGAGGUCAACAGCUUAUUAUAUGUAGUGGACUUGA